AUGCCUUACCCGGAAAAGUUCACGGGUUUCCAGGUCAAGGGCCCAGACAGCUGGACCGAGUUCCACAAGAAUGAGUUUGACCCUAAGCCUUUUGGUGACUACGAUGUCGACAUUCAAAUCGAGUGCUGUGGUGUCUGCGGCAGUGAUGUCCACACGGUCUCUGGUGGCUGGGGAGAGCAGAAGUUCCCUCUGGUGGUCGGACAUGAGAUCGUUGGCAAGGCCAUCAAGGUCGGCCCCAAAGUCACCCUGAUCAAGGAGGGCCAACGCGUGGGUGUUGGUGCGCAGUCUUAUGCCUGCCUCGACUGCAGGCAGUGCAAAAACGACAACGAGACAUACUGCAAGAAGCAGCUUGACACAUACGGCUCCGUCUGGCCCGACUCCGGAGUGGUCUCGCAAGGCGGCUACUCGUCCCAUGUUCGGACUCAUGAGCACUGGGUCUUCCCCAUCCCCGAUGCCCUCGCCAGUACCAUCGCCGCCCCUAUGCUGUGCGCCGGCCUGACGGCCUACAGCCCGCUCGUGCGCAACGGCGUCGGCCCCGGCAAGAAGGUCGGCAUCCUCGGCAUGGGAGGAAUCGGACACUUUGGGCUGCUCUUCGCCAAAGCCCUGGGCGCCGAGGUUUGGGCCAUCUCGCGCAGCCGCGCCAAGGAGGCCGACUGCAAGGCCAUGGGCGCCGACGGCUUCCUGGCCACGUCGGAGAAGGGUUGGAACGAGCCGCACGCCAUGACCUUCGACGUCAUCCUCAACACUGCCAGCAGCUUCGAGGGUUGGGACUUUGGCGCCUACCUGGGACUGCUGGACGUGCACGGCAAGUUUGUGGCCGUGGGUCUUCCUGAGGGCGAGGGCAUGAAGAUCCGCAACCAGGACCUGCUCAGCAACGGCGUCUUCAUCGGCGCAUCGCAUCUGGGCUCCAGGAGGGAGACCAUCGAGAUGCUGCAGCUCGCGGCGGACAAGGGCAUCAAGUCAUGGGUUGAGGAGAUCCAGAUCGGUGAGGAUGGGCUCAAGGAGGCGCUGACGAGAGUCCACAAGACGGAUGUGCGAUACCGGUUCUGCAUGACCGGAUACGACAAGGUGUUCAGCGCUUAA